GACAUGUAAGAAACCGGUGAAUGAGCUGCUGGCCCUUGCAGAAACUUGCUUGAGGUCUUUGGUGGCAUUGCCCUUUCCUCCUCGUCAACCCGGCAGGCCAGCCGAUCGGGGGAGGAUGAGGUCGUCGUGUGUCCUGCUUACCACCCUGGUGGCGCUGGCCGCCUAUUACAUCUACAUCCCCCUGCCAAGCUCCGUGUCCGACCCCUGGAAGCUGAUGCUGCUGGACGCCACUUUCCGGAGCGCACAGCAAGUGAGUAACCUGAUACACUACUUGGGCCUCAGCCAUCAUCUGCUCGUGCUGAACUUCAUCAUCAUUUCUUUUGGCAAGAAAAGCGCAUGGUCGUCUGCUCAGGUGAAAGUAACAGACACUGACUUUGACGGUGUGGAAGUCAGAGUGUUUGAAGGCUCUGCAAAGCCAGAAGAGCCGCUGAAACGCAGCGUUGUUUACAUUCACGGAGGAGGCUGGGCCUUGGCAAGUGCAAAAAUCAGGUAUUAUGAUGAACUGUGUAAAGCAAUGGCUGAGGAAUUGAAUGCUGUCAUUGUCUCCAUUGAAUACAGGCUAGUUCCAAAGGUUUAUUUUCCUGAGCAAAUUCAUGAUGUUAUACGUGCCACAAAGUACUUCCUGCAGCCAGAAGUCUUACACAAGUAUUCAGUUGACCCAGGCAGAAUCGGCGUUUCUGGUGACAGUGCUGGUGGGAAUUUGGCGGCUGCCCUGGGCCAACAGUUUAAUCAAGAUGCCAACCUAAAAAACAAGCUCAAAGUGCAAGCUUUAAUCUAUCCAGUUCUUCAAGCUUUAGAUUUUAACACACCCUCUUAUCAGCAAAAUGUGAACACCCCCAUCCUGCCCCGUUAUGUCAUGGUGAAGUACUGGGUGGACUACUUCCAUGGCAACCAUGACUUUGUCCAAGCAAUGAUAGUUAACAAUCACACUUCACUUGAUGUGGAAGAGGCUGCUGCCCUCAGGGCCCAUCUAAACUGGACAUCCCUCUUGCCCGCAUCCAUCACAAAGAACUACAAGCCCGUCAUGCAGACCACCGGCAACACCAGGAUCGUCCAGGAGAUCCCUCAGCUGCUGGAUGCCCGCUCAGCCCCACUCAUCGCAGACCAGGAAGUCCUGCGGCACCUCCCAAAGACCUAUAUUCUAACCUGUGAGCACGAUGUCCUAAGAGACGAUGGCAUCAUGUAUGCAAAGCGUUUGGAGAGUGCAGGUGUGGAGGUGACCCUUGAUCACUUUGAGGAUGGCUUCCACGGAUGCAUGAUUUUCACCAGCUGGCCUACCAACUUCUCAGUGGGAAUUCGGACUAGGAAUAGUUACAUCAAGUGGCUGGAUCAAAACCUGUAAAGGAGUGAAAUUUCUAAAAGGCUUGAGCCCCUCUUGAUCUCCUGCACCUGCUCUGGAAAGACAUUCACUCUUUAGGUGACUAAUUUCCCCUCGUUACUUGAGUUAUGGAAUCUCUAUUCCCUGCAGACUUUAUGUUAAUUUAAUUAAAAAAAAUGCUUUUGAG